AUCUUGUCAGUUCUGUGUUAAAUCUGGUGGGAUGCUUUUCAUCUUAAGUCCUAUAGCUCUGGGUACUCCUGUAGUAUUAAUGAGCAGCUGAUGUUUCCUGUGGUUAAUCCAACUGUGAACUGCUUAGAAAACCUAUAUUCACUUGCUCUUGUUUCCAGCAUUAAAAAUUGGACUUCUUUACUUACAGAUUUUGAAACCAGCAGCAUUUUCUCUGACACGUUUGAGGACUGGUUUGAAAAUAGCUGUUGUUUUUCAUCUUGUCAGCACAGUGCUUGAUUGUUUUUCUCCUGCCACUCAGUAAGAAUGGAGGCGUCCCAAUGUUCAGAUAGGCUGUUGAAUUAAACGUCUGUUUGUUUCAGUAUGUGUUUCAUAUGCAUAGAUAGGCAGGACAUGCCAGCUCGCAUCUUUAUGUUGAAAAUAACUUGGUUCUGACUUCAAUCUGUUGAGCUGCAUGCUUUCUUGGGGUGGUAAUAAACACACUAAGGAAACUUGUGUAUCCUUAACAUGUUUUCUUUUGCUUCUUGUGACUUGUGCCAUCACAGAAUAGAUUUGGCAUUACACAGUGUAUAAAAACAGGUGAAAUCGUUGGUUAGUGGAAUGAAACUUUAAGAGAUGUUAUGAUUAAAUAUUUGUUUUAUGUUUACUAAACAUAAGAAAGAGUCCUUUAACUUCAGUAUAAUCCGUGCUUUACUUGCUUUUGUUCAGAUGGUUGCAGUUACUAUUAAUAUAGGAGCAGAGGUGGAUGUGUGCACUUAGUAGGAAGUAUGGUGGAAUUUGUGCAAGAGAUGAGGAACAUAGCUGUGAAACUUUAAAACCUCUCUUUUAAAUAAUGGUGUGGGAAAAAGCUCUGAAUGUGGUUUCAUGUAUCUUACAGAAUUAAAAUAGCUUUCAGUGAUGCUGCUCACAGUCUAUUUCUGUUUCCUGAUAGCCUGCAGGCUUGUUUAGCAGUAAAAAAGAGGAAUAUUUUUAGGUCUCUCUUAUUAGUACUCAUGCUUACUGAGUAUCCAUAAGUACUAUGCUUCAAAUGUCCACCUCUCUGUUCAAGUAUCCUUUCCUAUCUCAUUCCAGUGACUUUGCAGGAGACCUUAGCUAACUGUAUUUAAUGAGGCAUGUAACUGCUUGAGCAGCUGCCCUGUCUUCACCAGCUUUACAGUUGUGAAGUAUAUUCUGUAAUAAACUUCAGCGUUGAGCACUUUGUACCUUCACACAUGCUUCCACCUUUUACAAUUUAACAUUGUUUUACAUCAGUUAAACUUGAUUUAUCAUUUUUUGUCUCACGUUGUCCACAGAUCUAUUACAGUGUGUGUGGUGUGAUGAAUAACACAUGUCCAUUUGGAGGCUUUGCUGUGUCCUUCUUCAGUAGCCGAUGGUUAACAUCUCUAACAGUGUGCUGCUGUUCCUUCAUUAGCAGCCCCGGAGCUGGAUCCUGCUUACAUUCAGGUUCUGUUGCUGUUCUAUAGUUUGGAGCAGGAGAAAUAGCUUGUUGUUGCAGCUGUUAAUUGCAGCCAGUUGGUGGCAUAGAAUUAGCAGUAUUUUAUUCUAUUCGGUAUUUCUUUCAGUGCUUGAGAGGAUUAGAACACUUAUUCCCAGCAGCGUCCACAGCUCACUUGUUUUCUCUAUCCAAGUUGAUUAUGGCUCUGUUGGGAUAAAGCAUGGUGUGUGUUGGAGCUCCUGAUGGAUGGUUUUAAGCUCCAACUGCUGAAAUUGUAUUGCUUUUGUGUACUCACAGAAGAUGUUGCUCUGGUGUAUGCUGUAAUCCACAGUGGUGAGGUUCCCUUUGAAAAAUGGGAUCUAUAUGGCUAUAAGUUACAAGUCCUGUUUUUAGCAUGCAUAUCUCCAAGUCUUCAACCUGCAUUUUCUUUACCACUGACUUAAAAUAUGGGUGUAGUUGAAGCCUGGGGGCAACCAGACCUCAUGUAAGUAAUGAAGCAGCUUUUCUACAUCUCUUUAUUGUAGGGAACCAUCACAGCUGUUCUGUAGUCCAUCUCUGGACACUGGCAAAUUGCUCUGACUUGUAAAGGAGGCAGUCAGAAUUUUUCCCCCAGCAUUGCAAAAGGGGUAGAAAAGCUUGAAGCCUACCCAAGUUGUACGGCUCUCCAGAUGAUUUAAUUGGAGUGCAAAGCUUCAGCAGCAAAAAUAACUGUUGCAUGGGAACAGUUGAAUCAGGGCCUGAACCUGUGAUACACCACGUGAGGCAAGCACUGAGUCAGCUGUGGGAGCACAGGUGAAGACAGUUCACCUGUGUGGCCAGAAGGGGUGGAGCCAGGCUGCUCUUCUCCUAGGCCCCAUUUAAGGGCUGACUGCCCCUGAGGAAGGGUCUUUAUCUGGAGUUUGAUCCUCAUGGAGUUUCUCGUGAGCCUAUAACACUGGAACUGAGUGAUCUGCAGCGAGAUCCCCCGGCCCACUGUUCUGCUGGACCUGUUGGAGAUGACUUGUUUCAUUGGCAAGCCACUAUUAUGGGACCUCCUGAUAGCGCAUAUCAGGGGGGAGUGUUUUUUCUCACAGUACACUUUCCAACGGACUACCCUUUCAAACCACCGAAGAUUGCUUUUACAACGAAAAUAUACCAUCCAAAUAUAAACAGUAAUGGGAGUAUUUGUCUUGAUAUCCUGAGGUCACAGUGGUCACCAGCUCUGACUGUAUCUAAAGUUUUAUUGUCCAUAUGCUCCUUACUUUGCGAUCCUAAUCCAGAUGAUCCUUUAGUACCGGAUAUUGCACAGAUCUACAAGUCAGACAAGGAAAAAUACAACAGACACGCAAGAGAAUGGACUCAGAAAUAUGCAAUGUAAACUUGCGAAGACUUUUUCAUACACCACAGAGUACUGUAAAUUCUAGUUUUUUUUCAAACUUAGGAGGACAUGGAGCACAGUUCACUGUUUCAACGUACCAUCAUGCCCCUUGAAUAUUUUAUUUUUCCACCCAUGUAAGUGUGUUUCUGGAGCAAGGGCAAACUUCCAAAAAUAACCUUAUGACUGUGACGAGAAUGUUUAUCCUCUUUGUAUGCUUUGCAGAAGACAUUUAUUAUGGUUUUUAAGAGUUGGACAUUUGCAUCUUCAGACUUCGAGAUCCUUAACGCAGUUGUAAAGCAGCCAAAUUAUUUUUGCUGGAAAAAAGUAGCUGUUUUUAAGUGAUGAUACUGUAUGUGUGUCUUUAAGAUAUAUUGUCUGUUUCAGAAGUGUUUGGAUUUCAUUUUGCUAGUUCACUUAUAUAAUUUGUAUUUUUAAUUGUAUAGACUAAAUAUAUUUUAUUUACGGUUUAAGUCAUUUCAUUUUAGACUGACUUUCUCAUGCACAGUGUUGACAGUAUACAACUGCUAGUAAUGAGAGUAAUUGGGAUAUCCUGCCUGCUGGGGUAUUCUAAAGACUGCAGAUUUCUUAAAACCGAAAAUGAUCUUUGCACUGUAAUUCUUUGUAUGCUGAUGAUGGAGAGACACUCGGUUUUGAUUCUGUUGCAUACUUGACUUAAUUUUAUUGCAAUGUGAACUAAUUGCACUGCUAUGUAGAAAAAUAAGUAACCUUUUCGUUGCGUUUCACGACUGACUUUGGACAUGUGGGCAAAACAACACUCAGACCUUUUACAAAUCUAAAUGUAGCCUUUUCCAUAUAAAUAAAAUGAAUUUUCUACUA